GGAGACGUCACAUGGAGAGAAGCAGUAGCUGCUCCACCACUAAUCACAUAUCAUUAACAUAACUAGCUAGUGCAAGCUAACACAGCCUGCUACACAACUCGCCUUUGAUCUACCACACAUCCGGAAUUGCAAAUUUGCACGAACGAAACGGAAGAUUCGUAGACGGUGUAAAACGAGAAACACCACUACGGUCACAUACAGUUAUCGUGGCCUCUUUUUUGCAUCUUUGCAGGCUAUUUGGUUAGCUAGCAAAGCCACCGAUAGCAAACUCUGCCUUGGCUAGCGUCAGGCUAGCCAGCUAGCUAGCUAGCUACUAACAUCGGUAACGGUAGUUAGCUAGCUAGCAAGCUGUAGUAACUUGCGUCAUGGAGGAAUUAGUCGUGGAAGUGAGGGGAACAAGUGGGGCCUUUUAUAAGGCCUUUGUGAAGGACGUUCACGAAGGAGCGGUCACAGUGGCAUUUGAAAACAAUUGGCAGCCAGAGCGCCAGAUCCCGUUCCAGGAUGUUCGUUUCCCUCCUCCAACAGGGCUCUGCAAGGAUAUCAAUGAGAACGAUGAGGUCGAGGUGUAUUCCAGGGCUAACGACAAGGAGCCAUGUGGAUGGUGGCUGGCCAAGGUUCGCAUGGUCAAAGGAGAGUUUUACGUAAUAGAGUACGCUGCAUGCGACGCGACACUAAAUGAGAUAGUGACGCUGGAGCGGUUACGGCCAGUCAACCCGAAUAAACCAGCCACCAAAUCCACCUUCAUCAAGAUCAGACUGGAUGUUCCUGAGGAUCUACGGCAGAUGUGCUCCAAGGAGUCGGCCCACAAAGACUUUAUAAAGGCAGUCGGAGCGUUCGAUGUCACCUACGACUCGGAGAAAAAGCAGCUGGUCAUUUUGUCGGUGAAUGAGGUCACGACAAGGCGGGCCAACAUGAUGAGUGACAUGCACUUCAGGAGCCUCCGCACCAAACUGUCACUCAUGCUGAGGAACGAAGAGGCCAACCGACAGCUGGAGAGUUCCAGACAGCUGGCGUCACGGUUCCACGAACAGUUUGUGGUCCGCGAUGAUCUCAUGGGUCUGGCCAUCGGGACUCACGGGGCCAACAUUCAGCAGGCGCGCAAAGUCCCCGGGGUCACUAACAUAGAUCUGGAUGAGGAGACGUGCACCUUCCACAUAUACGGAGAGGACCAAGAGGCUGUCCGUCUGGCGAGGUGUUUCCUGGAGUUCUCUGAAGAUGUCAUCAAAGUUCCCCGGAACUUAGUAGGGAAGGUGAUUGGCAAAAACGGCAAGCUGAUCCAGGAGGUGGUGGAUAAGUCUGGGGUGGUUCGAGUUCGUAUUGAGCCAGAUAACGACAAGAAGCCCCUAGCAGCAGCGGCCGCAGCAGCAGCAGCGGCAGCUAUAGACGAGGGAAUGGUGCCAUUUGUAUUUGUGGGGACCAAGGAGAGCAUCUCCAACGCUACAGUUCUACUGGACUAUCACCUUAACUACCUUAAGGAAGUGGAUCAGCUUCGUCUGGAGCGUCUUCAGAUCGAUGAGCAGCUGAGACAGAUCGGAGGUGGAGGGGGUGGAGGAGGGACGGGGCCCCGGAACAUCAAAGACAAAACCUACGUGUUCGAUAACGGCAUGGGGAUGGGGAGAGGAGCAGCAGGAGCUGGAGGGAAGCCCUACGGAGGAGGGGGAGGAAGAGGUGGCAGAGGGCGGAGAGGAGGAGGAGCGGCCUUCGCCUCAGGCACCAACUCAGAGGCAUCCAACGCUUCUGAGACGGAGUCGGACCACAAAGACGAGCUCAGUGAUUGGUCGCUGGCCCCCACCGAAGAGCUGAUGACAGGAGGCGGGACCCUGCCCAGGCGGACAGAUGGGAGGAGGAGACCAGGCGGAGGAGGGCUGCGGGGACGAGGGGGGAGAGGAAGAGCAGGGUAUAAAGGUGACGACAUGCAGUGGAGCGAGCCCAGGCCUCGUCACAUCAGAGACCCCAAGACCAGAGCGCAGGAAGAGACUCUACAGAUCCGCGUGGAUGGUAACAACGAGCGCAGCGUGCAGCACUCCUCAGGGGGGCGAGGAGGAGGAGGAGGAGGGCCUUCCUCCUCCCUGGUUGGCAACAUGGCCGGGGGCGAGGGCCCGCCUCGACAUCACCACCCGAGACCCAUCAGAGACCGAGGGCUGAAGAAGGACAAACAGGACGCUCCGCCGCUGGUGAACGGAGUGUCGUAGAUGCACCACUGGAGGACCUUAGCACUUAGACACACACACACACACACACACACACACACACACACACACACACACACACACACACACACACACACACACACACACACACACACACACAGGCAAACCAUUGUAGAAUCUCUCGCUUUUUCUUUCUCUGUCUUUGUCAUGAAUACACAUAUCUCAUCAGCAUGGAGUCGGAGUUUACUGUAGUGCAGAGUAUCUGCUGGUCCGCUCUGAGGUCUUUAAACCUUUUGCUCCGGUUUGUUCCCGACUGAUCUUCUCUGGACUGACAAGUAAAAGAAACAGUACUUUUUGGACAAAAGGAAAAGAAGAGAAGCUCAUCUCUCACGGAGGCAUUAACCCAAACGUGCACCCUUUGCUUGUUUUGUUUUUUAAAUCAACUGAAUUUAUUGGGUGAUGAAUGAAUAAUUUUUUACCCACUGCCCUGUUUGGACUUUCUCACACCUGAAACAAAUGAAUUAAGGAAGCAAUUGGUGAAACAAGAAACAGAAUUAGACAGCAGCAGAAAUAUGGGUUCCUACAAUUUGAAAACAUAUUUUGACUGCACACUUUUUAUCGUCGGGGUGAUCUGGCAGCACAGUUUUAAAGGGGUGGCUUGACCUCUUUCCCACAGGUUGAGAAAUCGUGUUUUUGUUUCUCUAAAUUGCAAAAAAUAUACUUUCGAAUUCAACAGAUACAUUUCAAAAUACAAAAUAUUUUUCACUUCUAUAUUUGGGAAACUGAGCUUUCAGGCGGGGAGAUGUUUGUAGAUAGAUGUUUUUUUUGGGUAGUCAUUUGAACCCUGCACUUGAGCAGGUUACAUCUGUCUGGGAUCAGCAGUAGAAAGGAGUUCAUAUGUCCAUAUGUAAGGAUGACAUGUGAGCAGGUAUGCAUGGGCAACACAUGCUUAUCUCAUUGUCUGAGUCAUCUGUUUUGUUUCCUGUUGCCAAGAUGAUGUAAAAUUCCUUCAGUUUCUUGGACCAAGCAUGAAUAGUAAGCAAACCAAUGGGGAAACGUAAAUCUGAGGCACUUUGAUGCAACUUCACUGUAAAAAAAAAAAGCUUUCACAGAAGCGAACAUACUAACUCCUUAGAGUCUUAAACAGGGUACACAAUGUCAUGCACUGCUGUAUAUUUCAAAAAGAAUAUGGGACAAGGAAAUGUGACCAACAGUGACUGGGAAUCCGCAAAAAAGACAUAAGCAAUUGUCAGAAGUGUACUAUACCAAAUAACAUUUUGAAGUAGUCUGCAUGAAGACCAACACAUGUGUUUAUUUCCCAAUACAAGCUGUAAGUGACACCAGAAAGCUCACAGUGAAACUAGGAACCUUGAUCAACCAUCCAACUAUGUAAUAUUAAUCAUUUCUGAAAAUAUAAACAGGGAUAUUUUUGAGAUUCAAUGAGCUGUUGAGAUGAUGCUGCUCUAAAGGCGCCAGAGAAAAACAAAAAUAUACCACGGAGUCCCGGACUGAUGGAUGUUCUAUGUGAUUGGAAUUGGCAUUAAAGAAUCAAACAAAUAACUACACAGAGUAGCUUCUGCAAAUCUCAACACUGAUGAAAGGAUUCUAAAUUCAGCAUACAUAAACAGGUCAAACCUGUACAAUCGUUAAGGAACAGUGACUCAUGACUAAUGCCUUAACAAUGGUCAUGAAUAAUGCUUUGUGGUUCAACGAAUCCAACAGUCCUGGUGCAUUAAUGUCUCGGCUGUUCCCACUUGUUCCCAGCAGCUCUUGACUCCAGCUUUUUGAAUGCUUCUCAUUUGGAGCGAGGCCGUUGCUUUGCCUCCGGUAUUGCGUCUUUCUCGAGAACAGUUAAUCCAAACAACUUCUCAACACUUAGCUUUCAGUUAUUCUGACCCCAUAAAAAGGCCAAGAUACACACUUUCUCGCCAUGUUUACAAAACUGGAACAUGUUAAUAUCCGCUUCCUUGAUUUGGAUCCACUGUUAAUCUCAUGGGUUACUUCUUGACACAUUUACAUCUCUUACAACCCUUAAAUGUCAUGUAAGUCUGGCCUGUAGUUUUUUUGUAACCCUGCUGACAAACAAACUGAGACGGCGUCUCAAUAAACUCACACUUCACACGGCACAUCCUUGGCUAGUCAGAAAUACGCUGGCCAAGUGGGAAGCCAAUCAGAUUAAAGGUUUUGGAGAAAAAUUGAAGGACUAAAAAAAAGAGUCCUUCAAUGUUGGUUAAAUACUCAUAAUCUCAUACAAGACUGAUGAGUGAGACACUUCACAGGGAGGGCUGAUGCUAAACUUGAUGUCGUUCCUCAAACUUACUUUUAACUUUCAGACAAACCUGAUCAGGUUGCAGGACUGUGACAUGUAGAGCUCCUGUCACCUGAUCACACAAGCUUUUCUUUAAUUUAUGAAACCUUUGUAUCUAACCUUCUUGUUUUGCAGUUAGAAAAAACCUGUUUGAAGUAUUACUGUAGAAGAAACAACGGUUCAUUGAGUUAUUCCUUGACAAAAUAAAAAUUUGGUGUAAGUUUUA